AUGUCAUUCGCUACAAAAUCAAAGGUUCUACCUGCGCUACCAAUUGUGAUAGAAAACGAUAACCUUGAAGAUAUAGAUAUAGACACAGGUAAAUCGGGCAGCAGAGAAAACAAGUAUCCUAAUCCUUAUUUUCAUAGCAAUCCAAGUCAAUAUUCCAGGGAUAAUUUAUCUAUGACGUCUAAGGUUUCUUUGACAAGUUCACAUAUACCACCAACGACGAAGAAUGAAACUCAGAUGAUGCGUUCUGGAAGUGGGAGUUCUAUCAAAUCCAGACCAAAACUGGCUAUAUCUCAAUACGUCGUUCAACUUGAUAAGACCCCACUGAAUUUAACACCUUCACAGAGGCUUAAACUCCGCAAGCUUCAACUCAAUAAUAGUAUCUCCAAUUUUAACUUGCCACAGAAGGAUAGUGGUAAAUGCUUUAUGGGCGAAGAAAGUGACGACGACGAAGAAAUAGGCGAAUACGAUUGCGUUUUUAACGUUCCAUUUUCAGAGCCCUUGUCAACUUUAAGUCAGAGAGAAAAGUUCACAUUUGACAAUAGUGAUAGGAAAUCUCUGACUACCGACUCCACCAGAUCUUCUUCAAUCUUAAGCCAUGAGAGUUUUGCUGAAACUUCGUCUAUUGUUAGUUGCAAUUGUGAUGAUAAUAAUGGAAUUACAUCUUCGAAUUGUUAUACUGAUUCAAGUCGAAGUAAGAGUCUUAAUACUUUAAGUAUGGGUGAUCUAAACAUGUCAAAGGAUGCACAGGACUUGACUUUGUUAUUUAAUAGAAAUGAAACUUUUCAAAUAAAUGAAGAGAGUCGGCAAAUGAGGAAAAUGUUAAAUAACUUAAAGAGAAUACCUAAGUCUAUGCCUUCAACUCCAAUUGAAGGUUCGUUUUCUGAUUUAUCCAUUUCCGGCAAAAACAACUCCUCAGAGCUUCAGCUGCAACCGAAUCCAAGAUUAUUGUGCCAAAGAUCAAAAUCACAGCCAACGGUUCCCAUGUCUACAAAGGAACGGAAACACCAGAGUGCACCGUCUAAAUAUUAUACUUUCACUAGACCUACUUGGUUACCACCGAAAUCAUCAUAUGAUAGAAUGAAACAUCAAAAAGAAUCGGAAGAUAUAAUAUACCGGGCUCUUCAGAAAGAAGCACAUGAGAGAAAUUAUAAAUUAAAGCAAUUGGAAAAGAUUAAAAGAUUGAGAAAGAAAGACGUAGAAGUAUGGAAAACUUUGAAUUUUGGAGACGACGAAAUACUAGGAAAAACGAAGAAUAGCAGAAAAGUCCAAGAAAUGUAUUGGAGAGGUAUACUGGAAAAUAUAAGAUCCAGGAUAUGGCAGAAGCAAAUCGGUAAUACCUUAAAUUUGCAUGAAAAAAAUUGUGAUGCUUACUUUGAUAAAUUUGAUUCAAUUUUUAUUAAAAAAGUUGAUAAGCUUGAUUCUUUACUAAGAAGUAAUGCUCAAUGUAUGGUUGCAUUAGAGCAGCUGGUUGGUAAGUCUGGUGGAAAAGAAUUGUAUAGUGAAAUCAAAAAUGCUGAGAUAAAUUCGAGUAAAGAUAUUAAUAUGUUCUUGAAAGCAAAUCAAAAUAUGAUUUCUAUAAAGGCAUUGUAUGAUAGAGUAAGCCAUGAUUUAUUAGAUACUUAUCCCGAAAUUAAGUAUUUUCAAAACCAUGACGUUUUGCUGACAUUGACUAGAAUAAUUAUCAGCUUUAUCAUUUAUUUAAAUGAAACCAGAGAAAAAAUUGAAAUUAAUGAGCAAACCUUGGGUGAAUUAAACACCAAUUAUUACUUUUCUGGAUUGAAUACGUUAGCUGCAAUAUUAUAUUAUCACAAAAAAAAUUCAUAUGCAACGUUCAUUAGUUUGGCUAAUAUUUAUGAAAGGAAGUUUCCAAAAUUGCUACUUAGUUAUAAGGCUCAGACUGAUAUUACGAACAAGCAGCUUAUCAAUAACGAAUUAUGUGAAAGUUUUAUGAAAAAUUUUGAAUCUUCAUUCAAAACGAAUUUAAAUAGAUUAUCCACCCAUUUCGAUGUUAUAGGAUUGAAAUCACUUGAAUUCGUUCCGGAAAUUUUGUCUGGUGUAUUCUCCAAUCUAUUCAAUUUUGAAUUAAGUUGUCAAAUCAUGGAUAUUUAUGUAUUCGAGGACACCUCUUUUUUGGUAAAGUGUCUUUUGGCUCUACUUAAACAAACGUCAUUUAAGUUGUUUGGAACCAAACAGGAAGUAUUAGAUCUUUUAGGAGAAAAAAACAGAGAGAAUUUAAAUAGCCAGGAGUCCAAUAAUGACACUUAUAGAUAUUUGAACGUUGGAUACGAUUAUCAAUUUGUACAAACUGUCAAGGAAAUGGUGCUUUGA